AUGGCGGGAAUGACUGGGGAAAUUGACAGUUUUGACGAAUCUGUAGAGUCUUGGCGGUCCUACCAGGAGCGAAUGGAACAGUACUUCGCGGCCAGUAAGGUCGGGGACAACAAAAAGGUCCCAGUGUUGUUAAGCAUUAUAGGGGGGAAGUGUUACACAAUUCUAAGAGACUUGGCAGCCCCCAACGUCCCAGGGACGAAAACUUACAAGGAACUCGUUGACAUAUUGAAAGCACAUUACGACCCUAAGCCCCUACAGAUUGCGGAGCGUUUCAGAUUCCAUAAGAGGGAUCAGAGAGCGGGCGAAAAUGUGAGAGAUUUCAACGCGGCAAUACGUAAACUAAGCCAAGAGUGUGGUUUCGGUCAGGUUCUAGACGAGGCUCUGAGAGAUCGUUUCGUAUGCGGGUUUCGAAGAACAAAUCACAAGGCCAAUGAGUGCAAGUUUAAGGACGCAACAUGUCAUCACUGCAAUAAAAACGGACAAAUACAAAAGGCCUGUCUAGGAAAGAGGCGUGACAAAAAUGGUCUACAUUAUGUCAAAGAUGAUGACGAUGAGAACUUUGCAUUAUUAAACUCUGUAAACUCGCCUGGGAAAACCGGAAUUAUUUGGCUUCAUCCAGAAGUAGAUGGCAAAACAUUAUCUAUGGAACUUGGUACUGGUUCGGCGAUAUUAGUGAUAAGCAGAGCAACGUAUGACAGAUAUUUCGCUGGUGCAACGCUACGCAAGUCAACCCUCCAACUAAAGACCUACUCUGGGGAGAAGCUUAUUCCGGAAGGAAUGACUGACGUCUCAGUAACCCUAAAUGGACGAGAAAACCUGGACCUGUUUGUGGUGAAGAACGGUGGACCUCCACUGUUUGGGCGUAGUUGGUUGCGCGUUAUUAAACUUGAUUGGACCAUGAUUAAGUCUCUUAAAGGGAAAGAGCUCGAUCCAGGGCGUCCUCAGGGACCAGAGGCAACAGACGUUGAUUUGAAGUCCAAAUUGCAGGCGAGGUUCCCAGUUGUUUUUAAGGAUGAACUGGGUACACUUAAGGACGACGCUAACCCACGGUUCAUAAAGGCACGGCCUAUACCUUAUGCCCUCAAGGAAAAGGUGGAACGAGAGCUUGAUCGACUAGUUAAUGAGGGUAUCACUGAAAGAGUUGAACAUAGUGAAUGGGCAACGCCUAUCGUGCCAAUACCGAAGAAAGAUGGUUCGGUUAGAAUAUGUGGAGACUUCAAAGUUAUAGUAAACCAAUUACUAGAGGUCGAUACAUACCCUUUUUCCAAGAUAGAGGACAUUUUUGCUACAUUAGCAGGAGGGAAGUGA